AUGUUGUUCAACAUCGUCACUCUUUUGGCUCUUGCCCCUUCUGUUCUUUCCGCAGUCACCGAUAAUGGUGCCAAGAGACGCAAUGUUGUCCCUGGUGGAUACAUUGUGGAAUUUGAGGAUGUCAUGUCCACCAAAUCUAGCUUCUACAAGUCGCUCUCUGACAAGAACAUGGACCCUACUCACCGCAUGGACCUUUCCUCUUCUCUUUUCAAAGGACUUUCGUUCCACGUUGAUACCGGCCUUGACCAAGCAGUAGUCGCACAAGAUAUCCAAGCCAUGCCCCUUGUGCGCAAGGUCUGGCCUAUUUCGUUGUACGACACACAAGACUUUGCAACUGCUCCUUACACCAAUGGAUCCAACUCUACUUCGUCUUCAGACACAUUCUCUACCCAUCUCAUGGGUCACGUCGACAGAUUGCAUGCCGAGGGCUUGACCGGAAAUGGCACCUUUGUUGCCGUCAUCGAUACUGGUAUUGAUUACCUCCAUCCGGCUCUUGGUGGUUGUUUCGGCCCUGGAUGUAAGGUUGCUUAUGGCUAUGACUUCGUUGGUGACGACUAUGAUGGUACGAACACACCUGUGCCAGACUCUGAUCCAUACUCGGCUUGCAACGAGCAUGGGACACACGUUGCCGGUAUCGUUGCAGCUGGUCCUAACCCUUACAACUUCACCGGUGUUGCGCCCGAUGCGACUCUUGGUGCUUACAGAGUUUUUGGAUGCUCCGGAAGCUCUGGUGAUGAUGUUUUGAUUGACGCCUUCACUCGUGCUUAUGAGGAUGGUGCUGAUAUCAUCACUGCCAGUAUUGGUGGUCCUAACGGUUGGACUGAGGAACCCUGGACGGUUGUCGUCUCUCGUAUCGUUGCAGCUGGAACUCCUUGCACUCUCGCUGCUGGUAACGACGGUUCUGAAGGUCUGUUCUACGGUUCGUCCGCUGCAGAUGGUAUUGGUGUCAUUGCUGUAGGAUCUAUUGACAACAUCGAAUCGCCUGUCUUCACCACCUACGGUACAUACAGCAUCGAUAACUCAACCACUGGCGAGUUCGGCUAUCUCGAGGCCGCUAUUGGGAUGCCCAACAUCAGUCUCCCUCUCUGGGCCGUUAGCAAGGACAGUGCUAUUGUUGAUGAUGCUUGCGAACCUCUUCCCGCCGACACCCCUGAUCUUGCUGGCAAGCUCGUACUGAUUCGCCGUGGCACUUGCACUUUCGACACCAAGGCUGCUAACGUCGCUGCUUUUGGAGCACAGUACAUUAUGUUCUACAACAAUGCCCCAAGUCUCACAUCUGCUAGCGUUUCAUACCCUGGCAUCCUUGGAGCUGCUAUGGUCUCCGCCGAGCAAGGUGCUUCUUGGGCCGCAUCUCUCGCUACUGGUUCUGCCAUUCAGGUCACUAUCACUGGUGAUUUGACCGUCUUCUCUAGUCCGCCCAACAACAUUACUGGCGGCCAUAUGAGCACCUUCUCCAUGUGGAACCCUACUAACGAAGCUUACGUCAAGCCCGAGAUCUCUGCCCCUGGUGGUAAUAUUCUAUCCACCCUCCCUCUCUCACAAGGUGGUUACGGAGUCUUGUCAGGUACUUCCAUGGCCACUCCUUUCGUUGCUGGUGUUGUUGCCCUCAUGACACAGGCACGUCCUGACCUUGAUCCUUACACUAUUCGUGCUAUCCUCGGCACCACUGGCCAUCCUGUUACCUUCAACGACGGGAGGACUACUUUUGAUUACCUUGCCCCUGUUGUUCAGCAGGGUGGCGGUGAAGUCGACGCCUUUGCUGCGGUUCACACUUCUACCGUGAUCGAUGUUGCCAACCUUGCAUUCAACGACACAGCACACUUCGUCAAGGAGGCAAAUUUCACCAUAACCAACCGUGGUACCAGCGAGAUCACCUACGACUUUGCGUAUGUCAACGCCGCCACUGCAUACACUCUUCCAGAUGAUGGUAGCACCCAGCCUCAGACCUUCCCCCCGGACCUUGUCACCUCUGGUGCAAGCGUAAGCUUCAGCGCUGGUAGCGUCAGUGUCGCAGCCGGAAAGUCGGAGACUGUUCUUGUCACUCUUGCCUUGCCCCAAGAUCUUGCAACCGCUCGCAUCCCUGUCUACUCAGGUUUCAUCACUAUCAACGGCACCAACGGCGAUUCUUUGAACCUUCCAUACGCUGGCAUUGCUUCCUCGCUCAAGGAUGCUACUGUUCUUGACGCCAGCACUGGAUACCCAUACAUCACCAGCACCUCAGAUAACACCUACGUCCCUCUAGAUGCCAACACUGUCUUUACUAUCUCUGUUGCGAACACUACAAUCAACGGCACUACCGACAACUCGACUGGUCUUCUGAUACCCAAUCUGAGAAUUGGCCUCGUCAUGCCCUCUUCUCUUAUUCGUGCUGAUCUCAUCCCCUCGAACAUUACGUACGGUACAUACACCAACACUACUACCGUUCUUGGUGUCAAAACUCUUGGUGCCAUUGCCGGUACACCUUCUGUUUACCAGCCCAGAGCCAACGCCUGGAGUACCGCCUUUUACGGUGUCCUCGAUGAUGGCAGAAGAGUCCCUGCAGGAACCUACUCAAUCCUCGUCCGCGCUUUGAGAAUCUUCGGUGACGCCACAAAUCCCGAUGACUACGACAGUGCUGAGACUGUACCGUUCACGAUCAAGUAUGUGCAUUGA